CUUUGCAGAAUUUUACGUUGUUUACGUCACACAAAAGUGCCUGACGAAUUUCAUACAACGCCACAGGAUGUGGAACAGCAAUUCACCGAAGUGCGUAAAUCGUUUCGUGAGGCUGUAAAAAUUUUAUUACUGGGUACAGCAGAAUCCGGCAAGACCACUAUAAUUAAACAAAUGCGUAUAUUGCACAUAAAUGGAUAUACAGAUGAAGAACGCUGUGAUAAAAUUCACGAAAUCUAUCAAAAUAUCCACGAAUCCAUGUAUCAACUGGUGCAACAUAUGUCCAUACUUGGCCUGCAAUAUCAGAGUAUAGCAAGUCGGAAGUGUGCAGAAUAUAUACUAUCGAUGGGAGAUCAAGCACCAGAAUAUAUGAAUGAGGAAUAUUGCGAUCACAUUGUCACCUUGUGGAAUGAUGUGGGCAUACGGACGUGUUUCGAUCGUUCUAAUGAGUUUCCAUUGUUGGAUAGCACGAAAUACUUCCUCGACAAUUUCGAACGUAUCUCCGAUCCCGACUACAUACCCUCCACCGAGGAUAUACUCCAUAGUCGUAAGAUCACAACUGGCAUACACCAGAUCACCUUCAAGGUGAAGGUGCCUCGCACUAUGGGCGGUGGCGUGCAGGAGUUUCGUAUGUACGAUGUUGGUGGCCAGCGUGAUCAGCGCAACAAGUGGAUACAGGUCUUCGAGGGCAUACAAGCUGUACUCUUUCUCAUCUCCUGCGGCGAUUUCGAUCAGAGUCUACGUGAGGAUCCACGCCAAAAUCGGCUGCAAGAGGCGCUCAAUCUCUUUCGUAGCGUUUGGCAAAAUCGCUUUCUCGCCUCGGCCGGCUUCAUUGUGUUCCUGAAUAAGCAGGACGUGAUGGAGCGUAAGAUACGCGCUGGCAAGCAUAUUGUGGAUUAUUUUCCAGAUUUUGAAGAUUUUUGUAAUUCACCACAAGAUCGUAAUUAUUUUGAUGAAACUGAUUGGACGAAACGUUUCAUUCAACAGAAACUGAUGGAUAUCACACGCGAGCCAUUCAAGCGUAAUUCUCGAAAUAAUAUUGACUAUUCGCGGCGGGAAUGCUACUAUCAUUUUACCAUCGCUACGGAUACGAGUUGUGUGCGGAAAGUUUAACGAGUACAUCAAAUGAUUCUGCAUCAGAAUAUGAAGAUGAUGGGACUGUUAUGAUGAGACUGUACUAUAUGUAUUUAUGUAUGUGUAUCGAAACGAAUAUGAGUUCGUGCAGUGAAAAUAUGUAAUAACUAGUGUAUUAGUAAGAUUAAUUAGCAAAGUAUUUACAUAGCCUAUACAUUCAGUGUUAAGUAUUUGUAUAGUGGGUAUUUUCCGAUAGCUUUAUGUCCGAGCCGAAUCUAUGAA